GGUACCACGUGUCAGACCACCACAUGCGCCUGUCCGACCGGGACCAUCUAUCACUCGGGAGUCAAAAUGUGCAUUACCGACGGAAAGAAACUCAUCAGCGAGGUGUGCACGGCUGACUCUGACUGCUAUGAGGGAACCACGGAGUCCGAGUGUGUGGCGAAUACUGGAACCACCACCCCCAAGUACUGCCGCUGUAAAUCAGGCUACGUGCUCGAUAGCACAUACUUUUGCACGAAACCUAACCUAGACACUGCCUGUACGAGCGCGGUAGGCUGCGUUUCCAUGACGUCGACGUCAAUGUGGACAUCAUCGGGCCAAGUGUCUGAGACGUGCCAGAACAACAUGUGCGCCUGCCCCAGCGGAUCAGACAAAUUCACAUACACAUACAGCUCCGCUGAUUUCAAGAUCUGCCAGACCACGGCCACAGGUAGUAGCAACGACAAAGCGGACGGCGCGACCUGCACGGCGUCUAACACGUGCAAGUCGAAAGUGUGUUACCAGUGCCCCGGCGAUUCCACGAGCAAGUGUGUCACAAUCACCGCUGGUAAUGGCGCCGAUGGUAUUUCCGGUUUGGUUGUAUCGCUACUGGUUCCCUGUCUUCUUCUUCUGAAGUAAUGUGAUCAGCUGGUAACCAGCAGAAGUAGCCUCCAUUCAUCCGUACCAUUAAACCCAUCACCUGUGUUUGGAGAACUUUCGACUUUCCUUGGAAAUAAGCAACACAGGUGCACAAAAUGAACAGUUACAAGUUCUACUGGACUUAAAUAAAAUAAAAAUGUGUAACAUGUUUAAAGCAACAAAUGGCACCGAAACUGUCGCCGACCGUUAACACUUUAUGUUGAUAUUUUAUAGGUAUUUAUUCUUGUAGUCACAUAUAGUAACAAUUAUGUUUGUGCACGCCGCAUAAAGGAAAAAUCCAGCUUUUCUAGAAAACAAUAAUGCAUGAAAUUUCGACACUAAAGGAAAAAAAGUACUUAAACUAUAUUAUAACGAGUUUUCUUUCCAUCUUAU